AUGGAGAUGUCGUCGCCACUGGCUGCAAUGCACCCGCCGGCUGCCAUUCCCGGUCCGUGGGGCUACCGCCGUGACCUGCCGCCCUCGAAGCCAUUGUUUGGAGCUCACACGCUGGGGUCAAAGAACUUCAACUUCCGCGACAUGAGCAUGCGGAAGGGAGACGUGAGCAGCGCUGGCUACUUUGGCAUCCAGCCAAUGAGGGGGUCGUCGCCCACCGCCAGCUUGGCCGCCGACAUGUCGUCGAACCUGCACGUCGACCAGAGCCCCCAGCUUGUCACGCCCCGUCGCUCGCUAUUCACGUCGAAUCUCUUUCAGCAAAUUGACGCCCAGGCAGAAGGCGUAACCACCCCUCCAGUCAGAUGGGAAGGUGUCACCACACCGCCCAUUCCCGACUCCUCGCCUAGCUUUGUCCCCGACUCGAUGGACAUCUCGCCGCUCCCGCACAAGGCCCCCUACAACAGCUACGUCACACUGCCAUCGCCGUCCCCGGAGGUGAUGCCCAGCAACGGAGACGACAUGCUCUCUCCCUGCGAGCUGCCACAACUGCCCUGCAACGGGCUCGACAUUCCACGACCCUCCUCAGCGGCUGACCGCAAGAAGUCCAUCCUCCUUCGACCGUCUCUCUCGCGCACGAAGAACUUUUCUACUAACACUGUCUCCUUCAAGCAGCAGGAGCAGCAACCGUGUCCGCCUUUCAGGUUUGGCGCCGGCUGCGACCGCGACAGCUUUGGCAACAUUGGCUACACAUCUUCACCAAGCCUUGACGAGUGCUUCGCCCCCUCACCACCCCAGGAACGUCGUCCGUACUCUAACGGAUCACUGUUCGCGCCUGGCAAGGCCAAGCCUUUCCCCUUCAGCUCGAGUAUCCACUCUCGCAACAAUGGCUCACCCCUUGCUGCCAUAAGGAAACAAAAUGUCGCCCACUCUCGCCCUCGACCCAGUAAGAUGAGGAGAUCGCUUAGCAUGUUUGAGCAUCCUGGCGACGUGAUGAAUGCAAAGCAAGAUGGUGAUGAGUCUGACUCACCCAGUGGCCUAUCGUCUGUGAUGGAUACAGAGGACUAUCCGUCCCUCAAGCUGCCUCACUUCACGCCCUCUGAGCCCGAGAGCCUUCCCCGCAUCACCCAUGAGACCCUCGUUCAAGUGCUUGACGGUACCUACGAUCACAUGUAUGAUGAGAAGGCCAUCAUUGACUGCCGCUUCGAGUACGAGUACAAUGGCGGACACAUCGAAGGUGCUUUGAACUUCUGUGACAAGGAGCAGCUGGCUGAGCGUCUCUUCUCUGCCCCCACCACUAACAACACCCUCCUCAUCCUUCACUGUGAAUACUCUGCGCAUCGCGCUCCUCUUAUGGCGAAGUUCGUGCGCUCGCAAGACCGCAUGGAGAACGCGCAUCGCUACCCUGCAUUGCACUACCCCGAGGUCUACAUUCUUGACGGUGGUUAUAGCUCCUUCUACCACAACAACUCGACUCGCUGCGAACCUCAGAACUAUCUCAGGAUGGACGCUAAGGAGCACGAGCAGUCUUGCGAACGGGGCCUGAACAAGCUUCGACAACGCUCGAAGCUCAAUCGGGCCCAUACCUUUGCAAUUGGCCAACACUCUUGCCAGAUGGAAGACAGCCCAACGGCUCUCAGCAGGUCAAAGAGUGGCGGCAAUAUCUUCAUGCUUGGCGACGACUCAUUGAACGUUGGACGAAUAGGCGCUUCGCGUCGCAUGGCCUCCUACUGA